CUUAAGUGGGUUUUUAAAGUAAAUAGUCCAUUUAAAUAAAUUAAAACAAAAUAAAGAGGAUAUUAUCGAUCCUAAGCUAGGGAUUUUAGAAACCAAUCCUUAGCUUGGUUUCCCAACCACGUGUCCACUUGACGUCUCCUCAGAUUCUCGGCCUCCAACCUUCCUCAUCGUAGUCUGCGCACCUUCCUCUCUCACCCAGCGGUUGAACACCACCAUAGACGAUGGAGACUUCUCAGAAGAAGAGUUCGUCGGGGCUCCUCUCGCGCUCCUCUGAUUCCGCGGCGGGAGCUGAGGAGGAGACGGCGGAGGAAGUAGACGGAACCAUUCUACACAGACAUUUUAUGGAGUUGAUGUUAUGGGUCAAAGAUUAGCAGAAGAUGUUAGGGCGUUGAUCAAACGUCACCCAAGUCUUCAGAAGAUUUCGUUUGUAGGACAUUCCUUAGGUGGCUUGAUUACUAGAUAUGUCGUUGCGUGUCUUUAUGAGCAAGAGUCCCCACAAAACAGUGAGAAAUCGAAAGAGAGAAUCGGUGGAUUGGAGCCUGUGUGUUUUAUAACUUCUGCAACACCACACCUUGGUUCAAGAGGACAUAAGCAGGUCCCAUUGAUGGCAGGGGUUAUGACUGACGAGCUUAGAAGUUUUCUGGAGUUGAAUCUUCCUAAGGUCAAAGAAGGCAAGAAACCCAAGUUCAGCUUAGAAACCUCAGCGCCUAAACUCGGUUCCCACAUUUUGGAAGCCACCAAAAUCCCCUGCCAGAUCAAUGAGUUCGUUCUUGAGCUUCUCUGUGGUAUGCGUCUGCAUUUUGACAGGUUCAUCAAGGACCUCAAGGUUAGUUUAAUUGAAGGGCGCGUUGGUGUCCAUCAUCUGGAUGAUUCUCAACAGAACAAGAACUUCACAUUCAAAUGUCAACAGAGAUGGGAAUGAGAUCUAUUCUGUCAAUGCUCGGAACUUCCACCCAGUAAACUCUCUAUGACUCAGUAGUCUUAAAGCUUUAGCACCAUGAAUGAAAGUAUAUUGUACAUAUGGUAAUUGUUUGAGUUGUGUAAUUUUUUUU